AUGGCGAGGAGUAAGGGGGUGAGUCAUCAUGGGAUAUGGAAAUAUUUCAACCCAGCUUAUUAUCUCAGAAGGCCUAGGCGUCUUGCUCUUCUUUUCUUCCUCUUCCUCUCUGUUUCCAUGGUCCUUUGGGAUCGUCAAUCUCUCUCCCGUGAUUACCAGCUUGAAGUUUCCAAGUUAAAUGAAGAAGUUUUGCGGCUGCAGCUGUUGUUAGAAGAUGUGAAAAGCGUGGUCUCGGAGGAUGUAUCUGUGAAUAGUACACUGAAGGAUGUUCAGGAAGAUCCUGUUGAUUCCCAGAGAAUGCAGAGAGUAAAAGAAGCAAUGAUUCAUGCUUGGAGCUCUUAUGAAAAGUAUGCCUGGGGACAAGAUGAGCUUCAGCCCCAGACAAAAGAUGGCGUUGAUAGCUUUGGUGGCCUGGGAGCAACUAUGAUAGAUGCUUUAGAUACACUCUACAUUAUGGGUCUUAACGAGCAGUUUCAGAAAGCCAGAGAGUGGGUUGCAACCUCAUUAGAUUUCGACAAGGAUUAUGACGCCAGUAUGUUCGAGACAACUAUAAGAGUGGUGGGAGGGCUUCUAAGUUCGUAUGAUCUUUCUGGUGAUAAACUUUUCCUUGAUAAGGCUAAGGAUAUCGCAGACAGAUUACUGCCUGCAUGGGACACCCCAUCAGGUAUACCAUACAACGUUAUCAACUUGAGACAUGGAAAUGCUCGCAAUCCGACAUGGGCAGGGGGAGACAGUAUUCUUGCAGACUCUGGUACUGAACAGCUCGAGUUUAUUGCCCUGUCCCAGAGGACGGGGGACCCUAAAUAUCAACAAAAGGUAGAAAAGGUUAUUUCAGUACUAAAUAAGAACUACCCUGCUGAUGGUUUGCUUCCGAUUUAUAUAAGUCCCGAGACAGCUAAUCCAUCGCACUCUACCAUAACAUUUGGUGCCAUGGGAGACAGCUUUUACGAAUAUUUGCUCAAAGUUUGGGUUUUUGGGAGCAAAACUUUAUCAGUGAAACACUAUAGAGAUAUGUGGGAGAAAUCAAUGAAUGGUCUGGUAAGCUUGGUUAAGAAAUCAACACCUUCAUCGUUUACAUAUAUCUGUGAGAAGAGUGGAAACUCUUUGUCCGACAAGAUGGAUGAAUUGGCAUGCUUUGCUCCUGGAAUGUUGGCUUUAGGAGCAUCUGGGUAUAAUGAUCCUGCUGAAGCAAAGAAGUUUCUCACACUUGCUGAAGAGCUUGCAUGGACAUGUUAUAACUUUUACGAAUCAACACCAACAAAACUAGCCGGGGAGAAUUAUUUCUUCAACUCUGAGAGUGACAUGAGUGUUGGAACAUCGUGGAACAUUUUAAGACCAGAAACUGUGGAAUCACUGUUUUACCUCUGGCGGUUGACUGGUAACAAGACAUAUCAAGAUUGGGGAUGGAAUAUUUUUGAAGCGUUUGAGAAGAACUCUCGCAUAGAGUCUGGAUACGUCGGUUUGAAGGAUGUUAAUACAGGAGUUAAGGACAACAAGAUGCAAAGUUUCUUCCUUGCUGAGACGCUCAAGUAUCUCUAUCUCCUCUUCUCGCCCACAACGGUUAUUCCCUUGGACGAGUGGGUAUUCAACACAGAAGCUCAUCCACUUAAGAUUGUGCCAUGGAAUGAUCAGGUGAAUGUCGGACAAUCCACGGCCGUGCAGCAACGCAAACCAACAAUUAAAUUACGCCAGAGGCGGAUUGGUCGGAUUACAAAUAAGUAAGCUCGCUCGUUUGAGAGAUCACAACAGUGUGAAUCCUUGCAUUGUGAUUCAUUGGAAAAUUUACUGACUAAUGGGAUUUGGCUUUGGCUAUUCAAGACCCUAUAAUGUAUGUUGUCUUGUUUUGCUUUAUUCAAGGCACAAUUUUAGAAAAGAUUUCAUGAUAGACAUUUUGUUAUAUUAGUUGGGGCAAAAAUACCAAACAGGUUCGCCUUGUGUUUUGUACCCAAAAUAUGAAAAUUAAAGAGUACUAGAUUGGUGUUCU